AACCUAAAUCGAGCGGAGAAAAGGAUUCCUUGUUUUACUGAAGAAAUGCAAAUAAUGUGCAAAUUUAUUAUUUGAUAAUUGGAAUCGAUUAAAGAGUACCUAAUUGGAGCUAAUAGUCCUUUGAAAAUGGAAGAUUCUAUAAACCACCAGGAUGUCAGUCAUACAGAAUAUGCCACCAUUGAGGGGUCACAAGUUACAGAAAUGAUUCCAAUAACAUGUACCAACAUAAAUGGCAAUACCCACAUAGCAACACUAACGAGUGGAACUUCAGAAAAUGCAACUGGAGAAAUGGAUUCGUCAGAAUGGGCAACCAUAGCUACAGACAACAAUACCUUGAUCUCAUUUCGUUCUCUACCCAUCCAUCUAGAUCAGUUAGAUGCCCAGACACAGUUGGCCAUACGUCAGAAUUUGAGUGAAGAUCCAAAUAAUGUAGGUCAAACUAUCAUGACCUAUGACCCUGUGAAUACAGUACCAGUUGUUACCAACAGCCUGGACAUGAUUGGUCAGAAAACUAUCGUUGGUAGUGAUCUAGUGACGCCAUCCACACCAUUAGAGAAUGAGAUGAGUUUAUCACAUGGUACUGUUUUAUUAUUACAAGAUGAUAAACAUACUGAUGGUAUAUUACCACAUGUGUCAGUUGUCAAUCAAGUUAAUAUGGGAGAUUAUUCAACAAACACUACCAACCUUCCACCACCUCCGUGUUCACUGGUCUUUUGUCGUGUCUCGGCUACCAUAUCUACUGAUGUUAUAGAAAGAAUACCAAAUUACGAAUCUCUCAUUUGGAUGGAAAUUCAAACAGAACCAGAAGUACAAAUGGAAAUGUCUGAACAACAUCGGUGUACCAUAUAUGGAAGUUUAGAUAUUAUCAUUAAAUUAAACAAUAAACUACAAUCGUUGCUGAACGGGGAGGGUGGUAAAUGUUUUGUACAGAAAGAACCAGAGCCAGUAAAAAUGAUGUGUGAUACUCAAGCUCAGUGUGAUUUAUUAGUACCUCACAUAUCAUCUCGUGGUCGACAAGUUCAUCAACCUUCUAGAUAUACAGGAUUUUACAAGGAUCCAGUUAGUGAUAUAGAUAUUGAUAGUGAUGAGUUCAUGGAAUCUAAAGAAAGAAGAAAACCUCGACGUAAAUUAACUAAACCUGUAAAAUUACAGGUAUUGUUGAAAGAUACGAAAAACAACAAUGAUACUGCUAGUGAUCAGAAUAAAGUUGCAGAAUUUACCAAUAAAGCUUACAAGUAUUCGUGUACUAUCUGUUCAUUUAAAACUGUUCGCCCAAGUCACUACAAAAAACAUCAACGAAUCCACGAAAGUCGUAGCGUAGAACUUUUUAAGUGUAAGAAGUGUACGUUUGUCACGAUACGAUUGAGUCACCUGAAUCGCCACGAGUUACAACACAGUACAACUGUUUAUCAUUGCGAUUCAUGCAACUAUUCAACCAAUCAACAGUUCUAUCUGUCCCGACACAAGCGUUACAAACAUCCAGCCACGAAAAAUGUUUUCUCUUGUACGACGUGCAAUUUUCAGACUAACCUACGCAGCAGUUACACUAGACAUCAAAAAAUUCACGCCGCACCAGUGACGAAGAAAAUGUUCCAAUGUCAAAGUUGUACAUAUAAGACCGACGUAAGUGCCCGGUAUCAGCGACAUCUGAAGCAUGUUCACGGGGAUGCUCGACCCUAUCUUUGUGAUCACUGUGGGAAAGCCUUUAAGAGAACAGACACACUGAAAGCACAUAAAGUUACGCAUCUUGCCAGAAAGGAUCGAGUUCUACCCUUUACUUGUGAAAUUUGUUCCAAGGGUUUCAGAUCAAAAGCGCACUUAAAAGAACAUGAAAUAUCCCACAAGCAAGAACGUCCUUAUCUCUGUCACUUAUGUGGUUCGUCUUUUAAGACUCAAUCCGUACAGAAAAAACAUAUAGCGACAAUACAUCUGAAUCCUCGAUCAUACACGUGUCAUCUAUGUAACAAACAGUUUAACACAUGUUUUACGAUGAGACGACACAAAAAAAUACACGAUGUCGUAAAACAGGAGACAGAACAAGUUCUAACUUUAUCUGAGUGCAAGAGCGGAUCCUUGGUUGUUCCAGAUCAAACAGGUCAGCCUGAACAACCAUUGGUUCAAGAUGUGAUUGGCGUUUCUAUGGAGGAAACUUUUGACCAAUCAGGUGAUGGAUUGAGACAGUCGUUCAGUAUGCCAUCCAAUGAAGCUACUACUGCCUUGUUUUAUUUAAGUGAAAACCUACCCAUAUAAAUUGAAGUCUAGUCAAAUUGACAAAUUUUUAAAUUUAUUUAUUUAUUGAUGAUUGAUUAUACAGAUGUAAUUUUAUAAAAUAUUAAUAAUGUCCUAUAAUGCAAUUUAAAUAUAUAUCUCUGCUAGCAAUCAGGAAUGUUAAAAUAUUCAUUUUCAUGUUGGCUUGUUAGCCAGGAGAUCCCGGUUACAAUUCUGGUGUAAGAUGUUGGCUUGCUAACCAGGAUAUCCCGGUUACAAUCCUGGGCCCUGUUUCUCGAAAUCUUAACUAAAGAUAAAAUCCAAAUUUUAAUAGAUAUCUCAAUUUUGAUUAGCUAAGCACUAAAAUCAGUCUAAUAUUAUCCAAUUAAAUUACUAAAAUUUGGAUUUUAUCUUAGUUAAAAUUUCGUGAAACAAGCCCCUGGUGUAGACCUAGAAAGUUCCUCUGGAUUUUCUGGGGUGGUUUGCCAUUGUUGGUGGUGUAGGACUAAGGGUCUAGCAAGGAAUAACCUCUUAUUAUUAUUAUUAUUAUUAUUAUCAUCACCAUCAUCAUCAUUAUUAUUAUGUGCUUAUAUUCCACAAAAGUCAUGCUACAUUGUAUUAAGCAUUACAAAUCAUCAUCAUCCUCAUCAUUAUUUUGGGCUUAUAUUCCACAGAAGUCAUGUUAUUAAGCUUUACAAAUCACCAUCAUCAUUAUUUGGGGCUUAUAUUCCACAAAAGUCAUGCUCUAAAGCACUACAAAAUAGAUGAAGAAUCAAACAGCUGUAUAAUGAUACAUAAACUAAAUGUGCAUACCACCUGAUACAUUAGAUGUGACAUUUAAAAUAAAAUAUCGAAAUCAGUAAUAAGGGCUUAACGUCAACUCGGUCAUUUCGGGACAAGCAUAUGGUUCAAUUUUAUUUCAAUAAUUCACUUGCGUCUAGAGUUUUUUUUAGCAAUGGAAGAAACUCAUAGGACACUGAAAAAAUCCAAAAGGUUAGACAGGCGACCACACUCCUUGUCACGUACGAGCGACGAAUCAAAACCACGACAUUUGACAGACCUUAACAUGCAUGCAUUAAGAAUUCGGCUAACCAACCCCCAAUUACUGUAUAAGCACUACCAGGACCAUCUUUACAGCAUUAUAGACCCCGGGCAAAACAGGGGGCCCCUACCUACACAACCACUCACAUUAAUAAAAAUGUAAAUGGUUGACAAAAUUAAACACAUAUUUAAUUGUAUUGGUACAAUGUAUAGCAAAGUUGAAGCCCCUUAGAUUGUGGUGUGCCACAAUGGCUCAGUGAGUAAGAUCCUACCUUACUAAUCUGGAGGAUGCAGGUUCGCUCUCGGUGUUUACCGAGAAAGUUCAUCAAGAUUUUCCAGCAUGGUUGCUCCUUGUCAAUUGUGCAGGAUGGUGGGCCUGACAAGGACAGCUCUCUAGUUAUUCGGAUGGGACAAAAAACUGAGGUCCCAUAUACACAUUGCCGUGCAGGUAAAAGAACACUCAACCGUUGGAAUUUGAUAUAAAUAAGAGUGUAAGCCAGGCAAAAUUUCCACCCCGGUGAUGGCCAGCAUAGUGCUGCUGCUGUUCAAGGCACAAUUUCACUCUUAACACAAUGUGUGGCGUAUGCCCAUCUUCAUUAGUCCAGUCGGAGCAGAACAGUAGGAUGUUAAACCCCAUUUCAUUUCUUAAGCUCGUGGGGUGUCCGUGCAGCCACCCACUCCCGUCUUGGGCUUCUCUUUAUUUAAAUCCAGCACUGCCUGUAUUGUCUUUCAUUACUAAUUAACACCAAAUUGCUUUAUAUUUAGUUGUUUAUGCUAUUGUACCCAAUAUUUUUAUAACAUUGUUUAGUAUUUCACACCACACAUCUCAGUCUAAAGCAGUUUGUUUUUCUUAUGAGUAAAAUUGUUAUUAUUUAUAGCUGAUCAUGGUAUAGCAUUUAUAUAAAUAAAUUGUUGUCAUAGUUUAUGUUUUAAAUUUGACUCUCUUUGAAAGUACACCUACAUGUUUGUCUCAACACGUAAUACCAUUUCCCAAUAUUGGAGCAAUGUUUUGUUGUGGGCUCUGGUGUACUGGUCACACAGAUCAUUGCAUGAGCAAUGCCUAAUGGACUGCCACCGCCAGGUAAUCUAUGGGUGUCUGUACUGGAUACAAAAACUGCUGGAAAACAAUUAGUAGAAGAAAUAUGCCCUAUAGUGGGUUUUAAGACCUAGUCCCUACGGGUAUUUACGGGGGCUGAUUAGGGACAUGAAAAAUAAUUUUCAUUUAUUUUUUUUAAUUUUCAUGCAACUGAUUUUUAAAGGUAAAUCAAUUUCUGAUCAAACUAGUUUAGAAAACAUUUUUGAAGUAAUAAACUUCAAUUUUGCUGUAACCCAUUGUUUUUACUAAAGUGUACAAUCCUGUAAAUUGC